UAGGGCCUGGCAGUUCGAAUUUGAUCCACAGACUGGUAACUCAAGAAUUAGCCAUUGUCACUGCAUUCAGACCUAUAUAAAUCGCACCUGGACCGACCCGCAGUCACCACUCAGCCUUACUUCUGUUGAAUCACCUGCCAGGAGAACUUCACCGAGGACCAUGUCACUGUCAUCUGUUCUUUCCGCUGAUGCCAUCGACAGUGCGCUCAAGGACUGUCAAGCUCCAGACUCAUUCACCCCCAAAAAGUUCUUCCAGCUGUGCGGUCUGACAAAGAAAAGCCCUCAGGAAGUGAAGAAUGUCUUUAACAUCUUGGACAACGACGCCAGUGGAUUCAUCGAGGAGGAGGAACUCAAGUUUUUCUUGCAGCGGUUCUCAGCUGGUGCUCGUGUGCUGACCGAUAAGGAGACCAAGGCUUUCCUAGCAGCAGCCGACGAUGACAGCGAUGGCAAGAUCGGAGUAGAUGAAUUCCAGGCGAUGGUUCUGUCCUGAAUGAUCAGUACACAUCUCACCCCUCUCUUGUACUCAGAUUUCAUUUUAGUUCAGCAGCCUCGCCACUCCAUACACAGGACUCUUUUUACUCCCGGCCCGGGACACCACCCCGGUCAAUAGAGUCCACACACAUGCAGAUGUAUACUGUACACACUCCAGAGGUUUUAUUUGAUUUUUGAAUAUGUAGAGGGGCGCACAUGGGCAUUGACCAAAUGUAAAACUACCUGAAAACUAUUUAAGUGAAUAAAUAAAUAAAUAAAUAAAUAAA